AUGGCGGAGGGAGAGGAUGCCCCGAAGAAGCGAACCUUCAAGAAGUACUCCUACCGCGGCAUCGACCUGGACAAGCUCCUUGAUAUGAGCAACCAGGACCUCAUGGAGCUCUUCUGCGCCCGGCAGCGCCGGAAGUUCAGCCGAGGAAUCAAGCGCAAGCCCAUCACCGUGCUCAAAAAGCUGCGCAAGGCCAAGCGAGAGACGGCCUACGGAGAGAAGCCCGAGGCAGUGAAGACGCAUCUCCGCAACAUGGUCAUCGUGCCCGAGAUGAUUGGCAGCGUCGUGGGUGUCUACAAUGGCAAGCAGUACAUCAACGUGGAGAUCAAGCCAGAGAUGAUUGGCCACUACCUGGGCGGCUGGGUUCGAGAUUCGGGUUUUAAGGUUCAAGCUGUAGGUCGUGGGCGUAAGCAGUCCUUUAUGGGGUUUAGAUUCCUGGCAGCCCAAAGAUCCUGA